AUGUAUAAAAUGUAUUCUGAGGAAGAAAGUUUUGAUGGUUCGCAGAAUAAUAAAUUGAACAUAGAAUUUCCAAAAAAUUAGGAUUUACUUAAAGUUAUGCAAAGUAUUUCAUAGUUACCUUUAUGUAGCGAAAAAAUCCUUCUUGAAUUGAUAGAAUAAUCACUUUUAAUAAAAUUAACUAAUUAAACUCUUAAAAGAGAAAUAAACUGCAUUGAUGAACAAAAAUAAAAUUUGUUAUUAAACAUAAUAAAAUAAUUAGAAGAAUAACUCUUAAUAGACUAUAAUAAUCAAUUAGAUUUUAGAAAAAUUGCUGAAAAUUUAAAAAUAUUUGUUUAAUCUUAAAAUUCUGAAUAAAUUCUUAUUUGCUGCUAAUGUCUUAUGAAAAUAAUAAAACCAUUAGAUAUAGAUAUAUUAUAAUAAUUUGAGUUAGAAUAUUAAGACAAUUCAAAUUUAUAUUAUGGCUAAGAUAUAAUCCUAUUUUUAGGAACAAAUGAAUCUGACAAAUCUAAAGUCAUUUAAUAAAUAGCUGGUUCUAAAAUAUAAGAAAAAAAUAAUGAGAUAAGAUUUAAUAAAGGUUAAAAGUAACCAGUUUUUAAUUUAAUAUAAAAAUAAGCUUAAAAAAUAACUUUUGAAUUUAAAAAAGAGCUUGAGGCUUUUCAGUUUUUAACUUAGCCAGUAUUAUUAAAGGAGAGAGAAAGUUUAACAGAAAAAUCAAUAAUUUUAUGUAAAAUACCUAAUUUCAAAGAAUUAAUUGAAACUGAGACAGAAAUAGCUUGUAUAAUAGGAAUUGACUUAAUUAUGAAGAAAUGUAAAAGUAUUAGACCUUUCAUUUUAUACCAAAAAAACUAAGAAAAUGGAGAGGAAAUAUUUUCUCUUUGCAGUUUAUUAUCAAAUUUAGUUAAUAACAUACCAGAUAAAAUAAGUUGUUUUUCUUAUAUUUUCACAGAAUUCCCUAUAAAUGAAAAUAUACAUGAAUAUUUAAAGAAUUUAAAAGAAAGUAAUCUAUUCAAGGAAAAUAAAAAUUUUAAUUAGAACGCUUUAUUAAUUUUAGAAGAUAUGAUAGAAAAAACAAAGAAAGAUGUGUUAAGAAUUGACUCCUAAAAUAAUCCUUAAGUUUUAAUUUUAAAGUAAUUACUUAAGGAAAGUGAAAUAUAAAAUAGCUUUGGAAUAUUUAAAUUUUCUUUAUCUGAAAAUGCAAAAACAAACAUUUUAAAUCAAGUUAAGCUUCAUAAAGAAAAUAUAAUUUCUGCUAUUAAUAGGAAUGAUUAUAAAUUAAUUGGGUACAGAUUAAACUAAUUAAAAUUUUUAAUUAAGAACUAACUAUAAGAUUUUGCACUGCAAACUUACUAAGAAUGUAUUAAGGUAUUGAUCAGUGAGCUUACUUAAAAUUAUACAAAAGUAACUCAAUCAUUUAAUAAUAUUUUAAAUAAUUAAAUUAAGCUAAGUAGUGAAGAUUUAUUAUGCUAUAAAUAACUUAUUUAGUAACUGUAAGAGGUAGAAAAUUUAAGGCAAGACCAUUUAUAAAAUCUUUCUAUUAAUGCUUCUGCUGCAGUUAAAAAUUUAAAAGAUACUCUUAAAAAUGUAAAAGUAGAUUUAAAUUUAAAUAGUAUUAAUAGCCAAUAAACUAUCAACAAAAUUUAAAAUAUUAAAUUUUUUACUUAAGAAUUUCCUGAAAUUUAAUAAAAAAUGACAGAUCUUUGCUAAGAAGUAUAAUUUAAAAUAGAAAAUUUAGUUAUAGAUUGUUAAAAAGUUUUGAAAAACAAUAAUUUUCACUAAAUUAUAUCACUUCUUACAGAAAUAAAAACCUUCUCAGAAUUUUGUAAGAAUUAUUUAAAUGAAAAGUAUUGUUUAGAUAAAUAUGAAAAUACAGUGUAUAGUUUCAAAAACCAUUUAGAUGAAUUAAUUAAAAGCUAAAGCCAAUUACUACUAAAAUAUAUUUUAGAAAAUGAAGAUUUAGAUAAAAUAGAAUAAAUGUUUUCUUUUAUUGAUUAAUUAUAAUCAAUAGGAGAAUUAAAGAAACACAUAAAAGUCAAUUAUAUUUAAAAGUUAAGAUAGAUUUUGUUAUCUUAUGUCAUUCAGUACUACUAAAAAAUAAGCUAAAGAAUUUAUUAAAUUCUCAGUGAUUAGUCAAUCAAUUGUUUUAAAGAAUGUGAAAUACUAAUAGAUUAAAUGUAUAAAAUUAAAAAAAUUAAGGGUUUAGAAAAUGUUACAUCUGAAAUUUUUGAAAAUACUUUAGAAAAAAUUUCAUAAAAACUUGAAUUCCUAAAACAAAAUAUAAAAAAUAAUCUAAUUUUAGAUUAGAAUUUGUUAAAUAUUAAUUUUUUUUAAAUUAGCAAUACUGUAAAUUAGUUAAAAGAAGCUUAAUGGAUAGAUCAAUAUCAUAAAUCUAAAAUGUAUGAUAAUAUGAUCAAAGAAAUUUCAGAAAAUUUGAGAUAGUUUUAUCUUUCAAUUUAAAUAUAAAUCACUGAAUUAAAUUUAAAUGUAAAAAAUUUGUAAAAUUAUAAAACUGCUUCACAAUUACUUUAGCAACUUGUUAAAAUGUCUCCAUUAGAUGCAUUAGAUGGAAAAUUAAUUGAGUAUAGGACAUAUUCUUAACAAAAAUUUAUAGAAUCUAUUGAUUAAAAUUUAACUAAGAUUUAGUAAUUUUUAAAUUUAAAUCUAAAAAAUACCUCAUGUCAAGAAAGAUAAAUUUUAGAAGAGAAUUCUAAUGAUAUUUCAUUAUAAAAGUUAGACUUAAAAUUAGUUGAAAGAUAUCUAAAUUUUUUAAAAUUCUGUCUGAAAGGAAACUAUUGUGAAGAAAGAGCGUCUUAAAUCAAAACAGAUCUCAAUAAACAAAUAUAAUAAUAUGGAGAUGAUUUAAAUUAAGAAAUAAGUAAGACAUUUAAGAAAAUAGAAAACGCUAAAGUUAUAAACAUUAAAGAAAUACCUUAUAAUUGCUAAAAAUUGGCUUAACUACUGUAGGAUUUAUCCGAUCUUGAGGAGUAUCCUAAAGUAUUUAAAUUAGUUAAAGGGUAGAAUCUUAUCAAAAAAUAUAGGAGCAAUAUAAAAUAAUUUAUAUUUAAAUUGAAUAUUGAUGACAUUUAUCCUCCUUAUUUUGAUGUUGAAGAAGUAAAGUUAAAAAUUAUGCUGUAAAAAUCUUUAGGGCUUAUAGAAUUUUUUGUAGGAGAAAACAAAAUCUUUGACAGAAGCUCUGAAUUUUAAAGCUUGCUAAAUGAAAAAUACAAAUAAGAUAAAGAAAAUAUUUUUCUAUAGAUUGAAAAACAUAAUUUUAUUUAGGUUUAUUAAGAAUUAUUAAAUAAUGAGUUUAAUGAAAGCUUAAAUAAGUAAAUAAAAACUGAAAUUCAUUUUUAAAUACAUAAAUUACUUGAUCAUGCUUAUUAAUAAGCAAUUACUUUAAGUAGAAAGCUUGAAAAAGAUUUAAUUGUUUCACUAGUAGAGAAUCUAAAAAAAAUAUAAUAAGUAUAAUUAAUUUUUUCAAAAGAUAUUAAAAUUUAAACUGAACAAAACAUGAUUGAACAAUAAAGAUAACAAAGUAAAAUAAAAUAAAUUUAUAUGGAAAAAAUAAACAGUUUUUUAGAAUUAAUAAGGGCUUAAAUUUUUAACUUUGAAUUUUAUGAAGCUGAAAAUUAAAUAGAGCAUAUUAAAGAAAUAAACUAGAUUUUACAAAUCAUAGAUGAACAUAACGAGAUUAGUUAAGCAAUAUAAUAAAUUUAAUUGAGCAUUUAAUAAAGAAUAAAUGGACUUUUAGAAUAGUAUAAUACCUAAGAGAAUUCAUUUUUGUUACACCCUCCAAAAAUCAUUCAAUAAAAACUUUCAAAAGCUUUAAAAAAAAAUAUAUAAUAUGAUGAAAUUUAUAAUAAAUUUAUGUAAAAAGUUUUUGAAAUUAUAUAAAAACUAAUUAUUGAUUUAUAAGAUAAAAGUGCUCAAGAUAGAUAAUAAUGUAUCUAAAGACUAAUAGUUAUUUACAAUAAUGUAUAAGAUGAUUUAAAGAUAAAAUUUGAAACUGAGAUAGCAAAACUUAAAAAUGAUUUUGACUUUAAUUAACUAUUUGAGUACAUUUAAUCAAAAUAUUUUAAUACAUACAAAUUUAAUUUGGAAUAAAAUUAUAAUCAAAAGUAUUAAGAGUGA